UGCGUGACAUUCAUUAACAUUCGACGUCGUUAAUCCAAUGCACGAUAAUAAAUGUCAUCGAGAUGUACUCUCUGCCCUUUCCUAUCAUGUAUCCUAUAAUAAACUUACAUUAAGUAUUGUAUCAUUGUCUAAACAGUUGCAAAAAAAAAAAGAAAAAUGAUUAAAAAACGAAUGAUUAAACGAAAGCAAAAUAUAGAAUGUACUGCAGAUACAUGCAUCUCUGUUAUGAGGUCACGUAUGCGCGUUAAUUUCUGAUGACGGAACGUGAGGUAUAUACAUGUGGUGGUUGCUUUCGCAAGUCCAGAGUAUACGUGCGUAUAUGUAUACAAGAAAAAAGAAAAAAAAAAAAAAAAACAAAUUAAUGUGGAUCGUGCGCAGCGAUCAACGCGCGCAAUUUUAACGUGAACGUUUACAUGCAUGCACAUUUAUGAAAAUGCUUAGGCGGUUACUUUAAAAUUGAAUGUAAUCAAAAGAAAAGGAUAGCAGAUCAACGUUGCAUAUUUUUCUCUCUAAGGUUUAUAUUCUAUUACUAAGGAUCGAUCUCGAUCGAUAGAUCUACGUAUAUACGAUAUCGUAUGUAUAUAUAAAAUAUACCCAUGGGUACUGUUUAAAAUGCAAUAGAAAUGGUAGAGUGCAUCCGCAUCGUAUUUUUGCUCACCUGUGGGUCCACUCGCAUCAGAAUUGCUCUGAAUGAAUCAUGAUUUGUGGCGCUGUUGGCUGGCUAGCUGACUAGAUGGUUAGCUAGCUGACUGACUGUAAAAAGGGAGAGACUCCGUCGACGAUCAAUAACAACCUAAAGCGUGUGCACCACUAGUGGAGAGAAAGAGAAAGAGAUGCGGAGGCGACGGUGGCGGCUGAGGCAUUCUCCGAGUUGCGAUCGGAGUAGUAACGCGAGAUCUCGAUCAACGUUUACCCAACAAACAUUCUAUCAUCACCCUUUUUACUUUCGCUCGCUUUCUAAUCGACGAGUCUCAUUAUUAAGUUUCUAUUCAUUCUUAAGUUCCUUUAGUUUUCGCUCUUCCACUUCUUCGCUUCUAAAGGGGAGAAUUCGUUCGUUCGUGAAAAAGUCCAUACGAACUCUAGACUUUCGGAAUAGGUCAAGCACGUCGUCGAAGAUAUCGGUAUAACAACGAGAGCACGUGCCUUUAAACAUUUCGUUCCCCUCUGUCGAGGGAACAAUUCCAAUUAUUUCUUUUUCUUUCUUUCUUUCUUUUUUUUUUUUCUUUCUUCUUUUUUAGUAUUCACUAAUAGAUACGUGAAAAAAAAUACGCGUGUGGAACGGGACAAACGUUAAUUUGGUGUUCGAUGCAUGACGAUAUCUAUGCAAGAGAAAUAUGAAGUUAGAACAAUAUGAUAAAGACAAUAUGAUUUGAAAAGAUUUUUUUUUUUCUUUUUUUAAUUUUCUAAGAAGAUUUCUCUUAUAGGGUAUUAAAAUAAUCGCGUUUAAUACCGUUUAUUUAAAAUCAUCAGUGAUUUAAGGAGAUUCCAUACGGUAAAUCGCAUUGAAUUUUCGAUUAUUCUUCAUCUAAAUGAUAAUAAGCGAUAUAUCCAAGAGAGAAAGGACUAGAGAGAGAGUGAUGUUACUCGCUGUGGGUGGCGAAUCACGUAGGAUAGUGUUAGGUGAAGUGCCACCGAUUCAACCGGAACAGGAACAAGAACCUGCUCAGGAUGUUGCGGCUCAAUGGUUGCAGUCUGAUGAUCAAACUACCACCACCACGACGACGAACGCGACAAAAACUAAUCGGAGUACUCCUGGUCUUGUUCCGAUACCACAACCACGGCAAAGGAUUGGAAAAUUUGAGAAUCGCGUGCCAGGAAAUAGGAAUCGUAAGUCGCGUAGAAGACGAAUUACGGCAGGUAAUCAUCACAUCCAUCGCAUUAGUAGAAUCGUCGACACGUUUGAUCGGUGAUUUUCCAGUGCAAAAUGCUAAACUAUAUCUACAAAAUAAAAAUUGUUUCAAUGUAUAUUUCUCAUGAAUCAUCUCACAUCAUUUUCAUUUUUAUUUAUCUUGCUAGAGAGGUCGCUCGACCAUCCUCGUCAUAUUUCUUAUUCGUAGAUAUACUUUUCCAUUUGUGUAAUUACAUAUUCAUCGCAUUUAUGUAUUUAUGAAAUUAGGAGAUUUUGUUCAUUGGCACAAUUCAAUAAAGUUUAUAUAUAAAUGAAUAAAAUACGACGAUACACAUAAUGUGUAUCAUAUCAAUCAUAUUUCAUUAAGACCUGUACUUCUGAUGCUUCAUACUUUAAUUGCAUUAAGGAGUAACUUAAGAUUGAAAAAUUAAAU